AUGUCCUCUACACACACCUCCUUACCUGCGGCCAAGAAAAGGAAAGUCUCUGGUUCGGAUGAUGUUACUUCUCCUAUUAGACAAUUGGAGACCCAACUCACUUCCGCCUUGUCUACCAACUCUUCGUUAAACCAGCUCGCAGAUCUACUCGACAUAGUAUGGAGCACCCAAGAUGCCGCACUCCUGGGAAAGGCCAUUUACGCGAUGUACAGAGUAUUUGUUACCAUCAUCACCAAUGGUUUACUUUUCGGUCGCGAGGAUGUUGGCCAGGAUACUAAACUGGUGCGCUCAUGGCUCUCGGAAAAGCUCCAUGCCUAUGUAGAUUUUGUGGCUGCUUUGAUGAGCGAUGAGGACCUGACACUGCGGACUUCCGCUCUCGAGAUAUUACUCUCACUGCAAAAACACCUUUCCACUUCGUUGACCAGACAGUCAAUUGCCAGAAACCCUCAACCUCAAUUCCACGUCCUCCAUUUCAGGAAGAUUGUUCAUUCGCUUCUGCUUUGUCCGCCGUCACCACGCACACCGGCACUCUCAAAAAAUCAGGGAGUAGAAGCGCAAUCUCCCGUAACCAUGUUGGAUCCGGAUGUGAAGAAGCUGUACGCAGAUAAGUGGAUGUCCGUCUAUGACGACAUUCGAUGGUUUUUUUUGCGUGAAGCAACUACUUUAUUAGGCAACGUCUCUCGAGAGCAGCAGACGACCGCCGCCAGUAAUAUGUUGUCCAUGUUGGAGACUAUCAACACUUUUCCGACGACUUCCUUCGAGCUCAACACCUGGUGGGUAGAUGAACUCGGAGUAAAUCCGCCAACUGGCAAUCGUUCCAAGUUGGAAUUUAACCAGAUAGUAGAAGAGUCUGAGAAAGGUGCUGACGAGGAAGACGAUUGGCGCAAGUACUUUGACGAUCCACCUGCGGACACAGAUGAAAUCAAGUGCAGGAGCAGGACUGCUCGAUUACAUACACUGACUCUACACCAGUCUCUACAUUCUCUGGCCUCCCAUAGAGCUGUUUUUACUCGCGCCUGGCUUACCCUUCUUCCUCUUUUAUCCCUUAAUGCGUCGGAGCCCAGCAGGACACUUGUUCUGAGAGUCUUGAACAUGUUGCAUCGAAGAGUGCUCCCCCACCUCACAAAGGCGAUACUCGUCAUGGAUUGGGUUGGUUCGUGCGUUGAUUAUGGUGGUGCUGUUGGCCUCCUCGCACUCAAUGCACUAUUUGUAUUAAUGAAGGAAUAUAAUCUUGAUUACCCAUUGUUCUAUAAUCGUCUCUACGGCUUUCUCGAUCGAGAUGUGCUGCACCUCAAGCAUCGUGCACGAUUUUUCAGAUUGACGGAGUUGUUCCUUAGCUCCACACAUUUACCCGCCGUUCUGGUUGCAUCGUUUGUGAAGCGCCUUGCCCGACUCUCUCUUGAUGCAUCUCCAUCAGCCAUCGUGAUGAUUAUCCCCUUCAUAUACAACCUUCUUCGAAAACACCCGGCGCUCAUGUGUAUGAUACAUCGCGUUGAGGAUGAUAUGAAUGCAGAUUCGUUCGACGCGCGCGAAUCAAAUCCGACGCUCACAAAUGCGUUAAACUCUUCUCUGUGGGAACUGCAUGCGCAGAAAGAUCAUUAUCACGCCGUUGUAUCUACCUUGGCGUGCAUUUUUGAAGAGGCGUUCACGAGACCGACGUACGCAAUGGAGGAUUUCUUGGAUCAUACUUACAACACGUUGUACGAUGCCGAAGCUAAAAGGAGAAUACGAAAGGACCCAGUGGUGGAGGACGAGAUUGGUAGAUUUACAGGGCAGAUAGAAGAUCUGUGGACAUAA